UCAUUUUAUGGUGGAUAUAUAAGCAGCUAACCUCCUUCAAUCAAAUAAUACAACUCUAGACACCAGCGAACUCAUAUAGCCAUCAAAUUCUUUAAAACAAUGAAGACCGUUGCAGUGUUUGCUUUUCUAGUCUGUCUGCUUGCAGCAGAAGUGAAAGGGCAGCAGAGUUUUACAGGCAGAUGCCUCUGUGCUGACAAAGGCGUGAAUGCGGUUUCCAGACAAUUGAUUAAGAAAGUUGAAAUCUUCUACCCAAGCCCAUCUUGUGGAAAGCAGGAAAUUAUUGUCACUCUGGUCAAUGCAAAGCGGAAAUGCCUGAAUCCAGAUUCUAGUUUUACCCAGCAUUUAAUCAAAAUGGUUCUUGAAAAGAGGGGCCCAAUAGGGAAUGACUCUCAACAUAAAUCCAGAACAACAUCUGAACCAUAAAACGACCCUUUUAUCAGAACUAUAAGAUCAGAUGCAGUAUAACCUUCAGUUUGCAUACACUGCAAGUAUAGCUUCAUUUGAGAAUUUCUUUAAAGAACUGAUACAGCAAAAACUAAGCUAUCUGUUGUAAUUUUUUAUCUAAUUGUUAUAUAGUUUUUGAUAUAAUUGAAAAUUGUUUAAAUAAUUGUUUUGUAUUGUUUUUAAAUUAUAAAGCUAACAAACACGGUUGUGGUGUGCUGUAAUAUAAUCCAUUGUAAAGCUAUUUAAAUAAUGCAACUUUCCACUACUAUGUCAAAGUACAGAGUUUUGUAAAAUAAAGUUAUUUCUCAUCAGAGAUAAUUAUCACCUGUCUGUCAC